CUCUCUCUCCAGAGCCUUAAAGCGCCAAAAUCCUAAACUCUCUCCUUCCAACAGAAACAGUAUCUCUUCUUCCGCUUCUUCUCUACUGCUGUCUAUGUAUGCAUAAAUUUCAGUUCUGUAUAUCCUUCUAGUAAUGUGUACAUCCGAUUGCACUCAUCCUUUGUCCAGAACUAGUUAUGCAAUGGCAAGUGAAAAGCCAAAACAAGGAGAUAAAUUAGCAAAUCCUAGUUCUACACCGCAAAGGAAUGAAAAACUCGGGGCUCUUGAUCUAACUAAUUCACCUGCUGGCCAUAAUGAGAUUCUUGAUGAUCGGUUGCCACCAUUUCCUUUUUUCCAAACUGGGGAUAUGCAGGGAAUGCCUCAACAUUAUGCUCAGGAAAUGCCAUUGCCUGCCAUCCGUAUGAUGAAUGAUUUUUCCCAUUUCAAUUUCUCUGACCGUACUGCAUUUGACCAUGAUUACUUAUAUAGGCCAGUUCCAGAUAUUUCACUCUUGGAAGGGAAUGUGAACGAACCAGUUGAUUGUUUUCCCUCAUGUGCUUUAACAGAUGUUGCUAGUAAGAUUUAUGAUGGUCUUCAGAACUCCAAGAUACACAGAAAAGUUGACAGUGCCAGGAGCGACGUGGCUAGAGGCUCAGAAAUGCACAGGGAGGCUGCAGAAGCAAAAAAUAGUGAUGUGCACAGGUCUUCCCUAAUUGGAGAAAGGGGAGCUAGCACACCUAUGGCAACGCAUAACUCAACUAGUGGAAGAGGGGUAAUUAAUAACAUUGUCAACACAAGUGCAGCUCAGUCUAGUCAUCCUCAAAUCCUUGAUGGGAGUUCUUUGAAGCUGGGAGUUGGAUCUAAUGCAGAGCCCAGGUAUACUUCUAAUGUCUCCAGCAGAUAUGGCACUCUUAAGUAUAAUGAGGCUGCUCUUCCCCAAUCAAGUGCUUUAUGUGGUCAAAAAGAUGAUACAAGUUCUUUGAGCUCUUCUUCAAAGAUGACUGGGAAUUUUUCUACUAUUCAAAACAAUGCUGGAGGAUUCGAUAAUAAUGCUUCGAAUGACAGUGGAUUUUCCAGCCUCACACAGAAUGUUGAUGGGCUUUCUAGGGUAGUACGAAAUGCAGGUAGGGCUUCUCAACAAGUGCAGAAUGUUGUUGAAUUUUCUAACCUGCUGCCGAAUAUUGGUGGGUUUUCCAAUCAAAUGCAGAGUGUGGAUGGGAUUUCUCCUCAAACGCCAAAUGUGGAUGGAUUUUCUAGUCAACUGCAGAGUGUAGAGCAGCUUCCUAGACUAUCUCAGAAUGAGGGUGGUAGGACUUUGUCACUUUUAGCAGAUAGGCAACAUUAUCAUUCUAUUUCAAGCAACUGGAGCUCAGGACCCAAAGUGAAUGCGAAUGCAAGAUUUUCAAAUGUAAAUCCUAGUACAGGUUUUCGGGGUUUUCCCACUGAGCCCUUAAUACUACAUAAUAGAAAUCAAGUUGGCAUGCCUGAUUAUGGACACGGGGAAACCGGGUUGCAAUCAUAUUAUUUCAUUAGGAAUGCUACUCAAAGUUCUUCUGACCAAAGACAGUAUCCUCACACAGGAACUUUCAUGAACCUCUCACCUGACCCUUCUCUGGUUGUUCCUUUUGUAGGGUUCGCCAGAAGCAACCGUGGACAGAGUCAAUCAGGUCAAGUAAUCCCAGCAGCAAAUGCACCUGCUCAGGCGUCCAGUGUUCCUUGUAGACCAUCAUGUAAGAGGGGUGCAAGUGAAUCUUCUCUUGCUACUCCCGAGGCUUUACACCGAAAGUUCAGAGUUUCUAGAGCUUCCAGUCACUUGUCUACUCCAAAUAUGGCCCAAAUUGCUUCACCUCAUGCACCACCGCCUCUGGCUUGGACUCCUUCCUUGAGGCCGCCCUCUGUCCAACUAGCUCGCCCAUGCAUAAUCCAAUCUCCUCCAGAUGUGUCACAAAUUAAUGCACCAGCUCUGGUUCAGAUUCCUCACUUGAGACCACCACCGGUUCAAGCAGCUUACCGAAACCUAGCUCAGUGUGCUUCGAAUGUGGCCCAAAUGACUCCACCUCACUCACCUUUGGCUUGGACUCCUCCCAACUUAGCCCUAGUCCAAACUGAUCAUCCACACCUAGCGCAGUUUGCUCUGAAUUUGACCCGAGCUUCACCCAAUGCACCUCUGGCUGGGACUCCUCUCUCAAGCCAAUUGCUAAUCCAAACUGUUCGCCCAAACUUGGCCCUGAAGCCUCCAAUUCGCCAACUCUUGGCCCAAAAAACAUCUGGUCGACCACCCCUUUCCCAUCAUGUUCCACCCUUGCCCAGUAUAAAAGCACCUGAUCACAUAAAAUGGCAAGAUCCAGAAAAAACUCCUCAACUAAGUGGACACCAGUGUUUUAUAUGCAAGAGGGAUCUCUCAUUCACGCCAGAAGGGCCAGUGGAACAACCAGUGAAUCCACAACCUGUUGCUGUCUUGCCAUGCCACCACCACUUUCAUGCUUUCUGCUUGGAGCGUAUUACUACCGGAAGCGAUGCAGAGAAUCCUCCAUGUAUUCCUUGUGCCAUGGGUGACAAGAACUAGCUCUCACCAUGAUCAUUCAUGUCCUCCAUGUUUUUUCUUUUCUUUUUUUCUUUUUGUUCAAUCCUGCUAGCAUUAGUCUUCUUGAUAUAGCAUAUAGAGGGAAACUCUAAGUUUUGGAGAAGAGCGACUAUAUUAAAUAGCUAGCUGCAAUUCUUUUAACUGUGUACAGCAGAUGACAUUACUGAUACAAGUUACAACAUUUAAAAUCAAUCUAGUAGAGGACACUUCACGAUUAAUAUAACGCAUCCUUUAAACAUUCUAUA